ACAGCUGCAAAUUGGUUGGGAACAACCAAGCUAGGUUGGCAAGGGUGGCCAACUUGGAUGGAUUGGUUGGGAAGGGACAAAUGUCAAAGUUGGGGUUCCUAUAGGGAGGGAAUCUUUGUGCUUAUGGGGUUUCCUUGGUUGGGGACUCUCUUGGGACCUUCCCUCUCGUCCCUCUCUUUCUAUCCCAACCUUUCUCUUGCUCCUCCAAUUCCUUGCGACCGACAUCAACAAACUCUGCGCUUCGGUCCCGGAUGACUUGGAAAAAAUCGUUCGGGAAUAUCCUGAGAUUUUCCCGGACGACUUGCCAAGUGGACUGCCACCCGAAAGACCCCAAGAUCACAAAAUCGAGCUGGAGCCUAGCGCGCAGCCUAUAGUACGAACACAAUGGCGCUUGACUCAGCCCGAGCUACAUGAAUUAUGGAACCAACUUGACUACCUUCUUGCAAACGGGUUUAUUCGGCCAAGCCCGUCCCUGUUCGCGGCGCCGAUCAUGUUUACCCCAAAGAAGGACGGCGGACUUCGCAUGUGUACAGACUAUCGUGCCCUUAAUCGGGUAACGAUUAAACCGCGCUACCCAAUCUCACGCACAGACGAGCUGAUUGACAACCUUCGCAGAGCUCACUACUUUUCGAAGAUCGACCUUCGCGGCGGUUACCAUCAAAUUCGGGUGUUCGCCGACGACUGCCACAAAACCGUGUUUCGUACUCGCUACGGGAGUUACGAAUACACGGUGAUGCCGUUUGGAUUAACGAACGCUCCCUCGACGUUCCAGCUUACCAUGAACGGGGUGUUCCACGAUCUACUCAACAAAUGUGUGAUAAUUUACUUGGAUGACAUUAGAAAGACCCGAGAACAACAUUUAAAUGACUUGGGAGCGGUUUUCCAGCAACUGCAGCAGCAUCGUCUCAUCACCAAGGGCUCCAAGUGCGAGUUUUUAAAACAAGAACUGGAGUUCCUAGGGCACGUGAUAUCCACGGAGGGGAUUCAAAUAGACCCGAAAAAACUCUGGGCUAUUCACGAGUGGAAACCGCCAACCAAUCUGGUUAACUGGACCUCUAACCGACCUACUCAAGCUGCGUUCGAGGCAUUAAAAACUCUUUUAAUGUCGCCACCAGUACUUCGCAUCGCUAACCCGGAAUGGCCCUUCGAAGUCAUCACCGACGCAAGUGACAUCGCCAUCAGAGCAGUGCUCAUGCAAGAUUUUGGCAAUGGUCUUCAACCAAUCACAUACGAGUCUCGGAAAAUGCAAUCUGCUGAGCACAACUACCCGGUACACGAUAAGGAGAUGCUGGCGAUUGUCCACGCGUUCAAAAUCUGGAGGUGCUACCUGACUGGCGCAGACGUGACGGUGCGAACCGAUGAUAAAUCUCUACAGUACCUGAGGGCGCAACCGAAUCUCAACCCGCGGCAGAUACGCUGGCUGGACUAUCUAGAGUCCAACUUCACAUACAGUUCACGUACAAAAAGGGCGCCAACAAUAUUGCCGAUGCCCUCUCCAGACCGUCUGCCCAACUCGCAGCACGGGACGGAUCGAAUUUGGGUCCCAAGUUAUCGUCUACUCCGUGAAUUACUAAUUCAAGAAGUCCACGAUUCGAAUUUAUCGGGACAUUUCGGGGUUGAUGAAACUCUGAAGGCGUUGCAGCGGUUUUAUUACUUGCCAGAUAUGGUGACGGACGUGCAGCGUUACGUGGCCGCGUGUCCGAUCUGCCAGCGAAUGAAAUCAUCACAUCAGAGACCGACAGGACUGUUGCAGCCCUUCGAGCCACCUCAACGCCCAUGGCAACACGUGACGAUGGAUUUCGUCACAGGUCUGCCGGCUCUAUCUAGCGGAAACGACGCAGUAUUGGCUGUCGUCCAUCGAUUGACGAAAAUGGAGCAUUUUGCACCAUGUCGUACAACCAUCAUAGCCGAAGAAACCGCGCGACUGUUCAUCUCGACUGUUGUUCACCUAUACGGGAUACCAGCAGCAAUCAUCAGCGAUCGGGAUACGAAGUUCACGUCGAAAUUUUGGCAGGACACGUGGGCUCGGUAUGGCACGCGCCUGCAAUUCUCAUCCACUUAUCAUCCCCAAACGGACGGUCAGACAGAAAGAACAAACCAAACGAUGGAACAGCUGAUUCGGACAAACUGCCCCGACCGAAACAAAUGGGAGGACGUGCUUCCCAUGUUGGAAUUCUCCUACAACAACGCGCCCUCAGCUACGACUAAUCACUCCCCGUUUUACCUCAAUUAUGGGAUGGACCCCAUAGUACCUAUCUCUACCAACGUUGAGAGUCAAGUACCACGGUCACAGCAGUUCGUCAAAGAAUUACAGACUGCCCGAGACAAAGCUGUCGAACUGAUUCGCAAGGCGAAUGCUACUGCCUGAUGGUAUGCGGAUUUACAUCG